AUGAGCGGUGCUGCCGUGGCCGCAAGCUCUGCCGGCGACGAUCUCCCAGGUCCAUCGGGAUCCAGGAACUCGGAUUUCAUGGGAGUGGAACCACGGAAAAAGAAUGCAAGCCAACAACCCGAUGGACGUAUGAGUCGAAUUGAAGCCGUACAUCGUACGCUCCAUGGUCUUCAUCAUGAAUGGGAACAAAGAAAGAGAACAACAUUCGAGAUUGAUUACACGAACCCGUCGCUUCUUUGCUCGUCAUCGUCGGAUGCGGUCAGCUGUAUUGAAUUAGGCGGACUAGGGGAAAGACAGCUUCUCACGUUCUCCAUGAAAGCUACUGAUUAUGUCUUCCAAGUGUUACGGAAGUCAACGGGUGAUAUGGAGGAAUUAUACAAUGAAGAAAUGUUGCUGUCUAAGAUUGAUUUCACGAGACCAUAUCCUAUGCUGUCGCUUUUUGAACCGGAGAGCUUCCGACAUGAACGAGAUUUGGCGAAUGUCAUAGGUCAAGCUCUUGGAUAUUCAUUGGACGAACUCGAAACAGGGUUAUCGGAUGAAUUAAAAACCUGCCGUGCUGCGCUUUUCAAAGACACUGUUGAGGCCGUGAAUAGCCGAGGUAGCGAAGGCUACGAACAUUAUGCUUUUCCUGAAGCGGUGGUGCUGAAAGUGGCACAACCGUGCCCUCACUCACUGAUUGCCAAGAUUAAA